ACCGCUCCCAAUCCCGCACACACACACACACUCACCCAUCUUCGCCAUCUCCUAAACUCCUUUUCCUUUGUUUCCCUCCUUUCCCUCUUUUCUUCCCCUUUCCCUUCCUUCCUACUCCGUCAACCAUAAACCCGCCCAGCCCCAUCCACCAGCCCACUCAUUCGCUCACCCCUCCUUCCUCCCUCCACCUGACUGGUCCAGUCAUCUCACGCUCUUUCAUUGAUUGUUUUCUUCUUUCUCGCCGCCGCCGGACGGGCUCCCUCAUUUCUUUUACGCUUCCUCCCCUUCCUUCCUUCCUUCCUUCCUUCCUAACCCUACGCUCAUUCUUGUAGGUCUUGAAUCUACAGCCGCUCCCUUUGUUUUUGUUCUUUUCCCCUCUUGUUUUGGCUUGUCUCUCUCUUUUUACUUUCAUCUUGCCGUUCCCUCAUUUUAAUAAUUCCUCCCCAAAUAGAGACUCGGAAGCCCAACCUUUUUUUCAUUCUUGAACGGUCAUGACUUUGCCACGCCCGCUCCUCUCGCUCGUCCUGGUACUUUUGCUCCAAUCACUCACGACAUCUGCAGCUUACACUCCAGGUGAGCUCCCUUUUGCUCCACUUUAUUGUUUGAGGGGUAAGAGAUCAUGAACUCUCAACUGAUUGCCUGUGAAUAUAGGUCCGGGUCACGAUCUCUUCGCACGACAAAACCCAAACUGCGUCAGGGACUGUCAAGUUCCUCCGUGUGUGUGUGCUUCGAAUCAGUACUGUGCUCUGACCGUCCAGACGUGCGAUGCAUGUCCAAAGGCGACCUGUACCGACGUCCAGGGUAGCGACAGCGGUGGUGAUGACGACGAUGGCGGUUCCUCUUCGCCGUCUGUUGGGCCGAUUGUGGGAGGGGUGUUUGGAGGGUUGGCAGCGGCGGGUAUAAUUGGGUUUUUGCUCUACAGGACGUUUAUCAGGAAGAAGAAGCAGGAAAGGGUUUCAAUGGCCGCAACGGCUGCGGAAAAGGAGAACGAUUUUGGGAUGUUGAAGAGCGCUAGGGUAAGCCCACUUGAUGUCCGUGCUUUUUAUAUAUGACGUUCUAACGGCUGCUCAGGCGUCGACCCAUACCGUUGCUUCGAUCGCAUCCACCGUUCGUACCCGUGCAUCAAACGUCAUCCAGAUCGCCUACAUUCCUGGUGUCACCAAUCGCUCAGGACCCUCUACACCAUCCCAUUUGGCUCCUCCACCUGUUCCGCCUCUCCCGGGUUCGCCCGCGACUUCGCAAUAUCCCCGAUCCCCAUUGGCUGGCGACCUUCAAUUUUCCGCCGACGAUAUACUACGUGGUUCCAUGUACACUGUCAAUGAUAACAGGUCGUCCGUCGCGACUACGAUCUAUGGUCAGAAUGCUGUCGUCUCUCAGCCCAACAUUAUCCGUGCCGGAAAGGCUGCCGUGGUUACGGUCAAGGGAGGAAGCAGUCUUGCCACAUCUAUCGCCAGUUCGCCAUCGUCGACCGUUCCACCGGUGCCGGCUUUGUACCUGAACGGCAAGGGUAAGCAAAGGCAAUCUACAUUGGAGAAAGUGCCAUCGAGCCCAGCCUUUUCGGUUGGAUCGACCUUUUUGAACAGGAUGAACAGCGUAAAGCAGCCGAAAACCGACCUGCCAAGCGGGGCUAUUGGCGAGAAUCACAGCACAACAUCGUUCAUAUAUGACUCGUCCGACUCGGAUGACGCUGAUAUCGGGCCGGGCCAGCGGAUCAAGCGUCCUCAAUCAGCGUGCAGCAGUUGCAUCACUGAUAUGGACACCACUUCGCCCUUCUCGGACACUAAUUCGGUAGCAGUGGAUGACAUACCAGGCCCAUCCAACUCUGGGCAGCCGCUAGCCGGCAAUGCCCGACGACAAUCACAGAGCUUGGCCCAACCCCAGUUGAGGACCCUGGAUGUUAGGGUUGUGUCAACACAAAGAACCGUUAGUCCAUUCGACGACUCGAACUCGAUGGAUAAGCAGUGAAUGGUUGCGAGAAGGAAUGUUUUUGUCUUUCUGUUUUUGCAUAAAAAGGCUUGUGUACGCCAUAUGAUUCCAAUGUUUGUCCCAUUACAUUACCUCCCUCCCGCCGGCCUCCAUUGAGUGUUUCUUGCUUAUCCUCAGCCGGCUACCUACCUGCCGCUGUCCUGCUAGUUUGGUAGAGUGUUAGAAACAAAAGGCACUUGGGGCCGAAAUCCCCCUCCGCUGCUCCCUCUACAUUAUAUUGCAUUGUCAUACCUCACCGCCUGCCUCCUUCCUUCCUAUGUUUCGUGUAUUAUUAUUUUUUACUUUUUACUUAAUCCCGGUGUUAUAUAACUGGGACUUUAUUUUUUUUUUAAAAAAAGAAGAAAUCUUUGGAAUAUCCUCACAUUUUGUCUCACCGUUUGUGAUAACUGUUCAAUGAGAUGAACGCUUCCCACAAAUUCUUUUUCGUAUUCGUUUCGGGUUUUUGUUUAGUUUGGUUCGGCUUGUUUGUUUUCAUGGGUUUAGGUUGGUUGGGGCGGCUGGUAUUUUUUUUUAUAUCUUUCUUCUUUCGUUGUGUUGGGAGGGUGGGUAGUUUGUGGAGCGAAAUAGACUGUUCGUAGUAGGAACUUACGAAGGAUGGAUGUAUUGAUGGUGGGUUGGAAGGGGAAUUCGCAUCAUAUCACCAUCUUCCGGGGCUAAGACUGGAGAUUGGCGAAAGAGUGUAUAAUAUUAUUAUGUUAAUUGUUUACCGAAUGGGUGCUUGUGUGGGAUGGGCGGCCAUCUACAAUUAUCGGAUGGCGCCAUUUCUGUGCUGGGCGAUUUGGGGAUUGGGGGAGGUGUAGCCUUAUGCUUGAGCCGGCAAAGUGGGUGGUGAUGUCUUGCUUUACCCUAUCAUCCAUCCCAUCCUCAGCCCGUAUAAUUUCAUGGGGACUGCUUCACCCACAUCACCCAAUCACUCCCCUCAAUCCGCCUCCUCCCUUUCCCCCGCCCCAAAAGCCCCAACAACCGGAACCCUCCUGACCUCCCACACAUCCUCACUGCUCCUGCCAACCUUAUACCUCCCCGCCUUCUCCUUAAACCUCGCCAUGAUCAUAGCCUUCCGUGCAAUUGGCCCGUAACUGCGCGUGCGCAUGCAGAACCGCCAAUCGGCCGCCUUCUCGCCGCAAGAUCUAAGCUCGCCAUACCUGUAAACUAUUCAAACAAGAGGAAUCAAAAGAAAAAAGAAGAGAAAAUCAGCUCCCCCGUUAAUUCUGGCCUUGGUAAAAAAACAAAAACAUUGUGACGACGAGGCACGUACCAUUCAAGAAUUGCCCACCGAGAGAGUAACAAUAGUACAUUUCGUCGAAAGCCGUUAUGCACGACAUUUCCGUCGGGAAGGCCGUCGCCGUUUCCUCCCCGCCUUCUCUUUUGCUUCUCCCGCUGCUGCCGCUGCUGCUGCUGGUGGCCUCCGUUUCUAGGUUGGAUAGCAACUCUCUCAGUUCUGCGUCCGCGGCCGCUUCGCGGGGGUCCGGGGUUUCGGGGAGGCCCAUUUUUUUUUUCUUUUUCCCCUUUCUUCUCUUUUCUGUUAUGAUGUUUUUCCGGGGGAUUGGUGGUGAGUUUGAAUUUAAAU